AAAUUACAAGCAAAAUUGCAAACAACAAAUUCCCCAAAAACAAAAAGCAAACAACAAAAUGUCUGCGCCAGCGCAACGGGCAUCCAAGUUGAUGUCUGUUUGGAGCCUCAUCAUCAACAUCUUGCUUUGCUGCUGUUGCUUCUUCUUCGCUCCGAGCAGCGCACAAGAUACCAGCAGCUAUUAUUUCCCCUCACAAAAUCGCUUUGUGCCAUCCUCCGGCAACUUUCCGCGUCAGCAGACAUUGAAUGGAUUUCGUGGUGGCAGCAGCAGCGGCUCUGUAGCUGGCUUCUCACCUGCACCUGACUCAUAUCAGGAGCAGUUGCUGUUCAUAGCCAAUGAGAAUACCAACAAGCAGGCCGCCAGCAGCUCGUCGUUUGGCACUCCUUUUGGAGCCAAUGCACAAUUUGCGAAACCGAAUCGUCAAGCGGCGUCUGACUAUUACGAUAUCUCGCCACGCCCCUUUGGUGUGCCCGUCAGCAACGCUGGCGCAACGUCCGCCGUAUCCGCGGCGCCAACCAACAGCUUUACACGCUCCAAGGCGAUACGCAACGGCAACUUGGGGAAUAAUCUAAGCGGUGGCUUCCAUCCGCAGUCACAGUCGCAGUCGCAGCGCGUGAAUGUGCCACACCAGCAGACGCAGUUCCUGGCGCACUUCAGCGAACCAACGAACGACAAGCGCUUGUCUUCAAAUAAUGCUGCAGUGCGUCCCUUUGGCAACGGUGGCUUUUCACCAACGCGCACGCGUACUCUGGCCACGCCCGCUGCUGCUGCUCCAGAGGAAGCCACCUCCCAAGCUACCUCCUAUCGCCUGCGCAAUCGCUUCCAGCCCUCCACAUCCACUUCCAGCACCACAUCUACAACCACGGGCAACAGCGCUGAGGUCUCCAGCAAACGCUACAAUCGCUUUGGCAGCAAUCGUGCAAGCGCUAAUAAAUACAGCAGCACCACCACCAGCUCCACCACAGAGCGUGCCAGCUUUGGACGCAAACCCAGUCCCAGACGUCCAGUGUUUAUAAGUCGUGAAGUCAAUGAGCCUAUAAGCAAUGUCAGCAAGCGGCCGUUUAAUUAUAACAGCGCUAGAUUGAAGCUGCCGCGACCCACAGCCAGCACCACAAGCACUACUGAAAGCCAGGAGCAGCAGGAGACUAGCGUGGAGCAAUACGAAGAUGAUGUGGAGGAAGAGGAGCUGAAGCAAAGCGCUGAAGUGGAGCAAACUGAGGCGGUGAGUCUAGAGAAGCUACCACUGCAGCUGGAGUCCAUAACAAACAAGGCGGAAACUCAGCAGACAACUAGUGAGGAGGCUACGCUCAGCACCAGCAGCGAAGGCAGCACUGAAGAGACGCAGACAGACUCUUCGGAGGCCACUGAUUAUACGCUGGAGACAACGCUGCCCAAUUUGACGCAUGAGUAUGAAUAUAGCGAAGAGCAGGAGCAGGCAACUACAGCCAGUGUAGCCAAGGAGCAGGAUACAACAGCGCAGCAAGAGCAAACUGAGCUAGAGAAGCUGACGACCAGCACAGAGCAGACAGUGGAGCCAACAACGGAGGGCAAGUCUAAGGAGGAGCAGCAUGAAGAAAAGCAGCAGCCAGAACAUGAAGACAAAUCUAAGGAGCAGAUUAAGGAGGAGCAGCAUGAAGAAAAGCAGCAGCAUGAAGAGAAGCAGCAGCCAGAGCAAGAAGCCAGCAAAGAACACAAGCAUGCGGAUGAAGAGUAUAAUGCAGAAGAAGGUGAAGGUGAUGAGGAGUACGAAUACGAUGAGGAGGAAGAGGAAGACGAGACAGAACAUUCUUCUGAGAGCACAGAGAGUCACAAAGAGUCGACAGCUGCCAGCACAGAGUCGCAUCACAGUCAUGAGCAUGAUGAGAACGAACGUGAGAUUAUCUCUGUGGUGACCACAAAGAGCGUAGUCAAUGGCUCCACAGCAUUCCCAUCGCCUGUAACGCCCAGCACUCUAGCUAGCACACCUAUUAGCAGUCAAGCGGCGCCAGAGCUAGAGCAGGAACCCACUGAAGUCAGCAGCAGCGUUGUAGAGACUACACCCAUGCCUAUGGAUAACAUACCUAAUGUCACCGAGAGCUAUGUUGUGGUAGCUUCUAUACAAACCAGUCGCAGCAUCAAUGGCGCACGCUUUUUGCCCUUCCCCGCCAUAGAGCAAGAAGAGACCAAGCAAACAUUGUCCGAACUAGAGCGCAAGGUGCACUCCAAGCAACAGCAGCAGAAGCUGAGUGAAAGCAGCGAAGAGCCAACGAGCAGCAGCAGCAGCAGCACCACGGAGUCCUCAGCUACAUCAGCUGUGGGCGCCUCCACUGAAAGCAUCAUAGACAAACUAGAUCGCGUGCAGUCGGAGCUGAGCAGCGGCGUUUUGUCUGGCAAAUAUGCCAUUAUUAGCCAAAUGGAUUCAACAACAACUGCCACCAGCUUGAGCACUGCUUCCGGCAAAUUCGUGCCGCAUAUACGCAAGUUCCAGCCACAUCGCACCACUUCGACGCCACACACCACAAGCAGCAGCCACAGCGGCAAGCUUAAGCUGCAGCAUUUUGAUGAAAGCGAAAUGGAUGAGCUGGCUGGACUGCUGCCUGUGGGCUUCAAGCCCAAGUCAAGCUAUAAGAAUCGCAAGAUUACAACCACCACUAGCACCACAACUGCGCCUGAGACCAUUAAGAAGCCAGCGCGUAACUCUACCAUAAGCAGAAGCUUUAAGAACGGUGUGGUUAGCGUGCAGGAUGUUAACUUGGCUGGUCUACUGCCCAAGGGCUAUAAGGCGCCUAGAACUACCACAACCACUAGCAGCACCACUGAGAGCACUACACCCAGCAGCAAGCCGGCAAGUCCUUUGGAAAGUCUAUUUAGUGAAAUCAAGUUUGAUGACAGUCUAGCUGCCUUGCUGCCCAAGGAUUACACGACGCCCAAGCCUGCAAGCAGCAGCACCACACACAAAUCUCCCGCUGUGGCAGUGCCUUUUGAUGAUUUAAGCAAGUUCUUACCACCAGGCUACAAGGCGCCAAAGGAGCAGACCAUUGCACCCGUCAAAGUUACCGAUAUAAGCAGCUUGUUGCCAGCAGACUUUAAGCUCAAUAGCACCACUAACGAAAAACCUGCAGUUAGCAGCGAAAGCGAUGAGCUGUUAGCAUCACUGCUGCCACCUGGCUACAAGUCCAAGUCGAAGCCAGUGCAUCCUGCCAGCACCAGCAAGCCACAAGCAACAGCAGCUACAACUGUAAACAGCAGCAGCAGCACUGCUAGCAGCAACGACAGCAGCUCCAAUAGCGGCCUUAAGGUAGUCUUUCCCAAAGGCUUCCAUAAGCGUCUGGGUUCACAUCGUUUGACUACGCCGCAUACGCCAGUGGAAGGCGCUUCAGAAAACGCUGCCAACGCCUCACCCGCUGUGGUGAUUAAGAAGGGACCACCCGUGCGCAUUACCACAGAGUUUACAGGCUGGCCCACACCACCCACAACGCCACUUUCCAUAGACAAACUGCAUGCGCAAACUAUAAACUUUGAGGAUCUGCUAACAGCGCCAGCUAGCACCAGCACCACCACAACCACCACAACGACAACAACUACAACUACAACAAUGAAACCCACCAAGCCUGGUCACUGCACUGCCGACUGCGAUUUGGAGGCGACCAUUAAGAUUAUAGAUGGCGUUGCAUGGAAGCCAGAGCUGCUGGAUCACAAUACGCUCGAGUGGAAGAAUCUAGCGCAUGAGCUGGAGGCACAGCUCAAUGAGGUUUACUCCACUGCACCGCAGCUGAGCAAGUGGUACAAGAAAGUGCGCAUUGAUAGCUUCAGCCAGGGCAGCGUGCUAGUGGAUUAUUAUGUAGAGCUGGGCAAUAUUACGCAGGAUGUGGAUACACUGGAGAUUAAGCAGCUGUUCCAUGAUGCUUUGACCAAGCCGGCUACGCCCAUGCUGCCCGAUAAGGAUGCACAAGAGAAUGAAACAGACAGCGUGUCUGCACCACAGGAAGAGCAUCUAGUCAAGCCCAGCUAUCAAAUGGGCAAAUUUAUUAUUGAUCCAGUGGCAACAGAGUUUAGUGUUAUUGCCAAGAAUCAGCACACCAAUGUGGAAUACGCUGAGGACGAUUUGCUCAUACCCCAGUGGGCCAUUGUAGUCAUUGUCAUUGGCGUUGGCUCGCUGGUCUUUGUCGUCAUCUUUGGUGUCACUGUGCUACUAAAUCGCCAGAAGCGUGCGAAGAAGACGCCCAUACCACUGACCAAUGACAUGCUAAACGAGCUGAAGGUUAAUCAUAUGGGCGGUGCCGACAACUAUGGCGUGGAUGACUUUUACAACAUAGACGAUCCCUGGAAUGAUACCAAGCAGCCCAUAAAGCCCAAGCGCUUUACCAACUCCAUGCAUGGCAGCAAUAGCUCCAAUAUCUACGACAGCUGGCGCUCGACGCGUCAACCUCAUAGCGGCGGCGGUGACUAUUUAUAUGACCAACAGCCAAACUAUUCGCAGAAGGGCGAUUCGUUGAAGCGUCCGCAUCAUCAUCAUCAUCACCAUCAGCAGUAUCCUGUACAUCAGCAGCCGCAAGCUUAUGGCCAUCAGUAUCCAGAUGCUUUUGCCGAUGCUCAUCAGAUGUACAGCUAUAAUAAUCAUGCGAGUAGAACGCGCUAUUCUCGCGACUAUGAUCCGGACUUUUAGUUAAUUCAUUUUGUAGGCUUAAUAAUUUGCAAAUAUAUUUUUGUAACUUAUAAUUAAGCUGAGCAAUCGAAUAUCACUGUUCAGUCUUACACUAGAUUUUAAGGCAGAAAAUCUUAUUAUUUAUCUAUUGUCACUGCUAUUAGCUAAGCUUUCCAAUCGUAUUUAUCACUGCCUUCGUUUAAUGCUCUCUGUGCUCUUUUAUUCUUUUGUUUCUAAUCUAAUGGAAAUACUCGUUGUUUAUAUGUAUGUAGAAGCUCUUACUUAUGGCGCUUCCAGAAAGUAAAUAGUCAUGCAUUCUUAGUUAAUCUUAGCUUGUAAAUAUAUUAUAGAAUUAUUUAAUAUAACGGGACUCUUAAUACCAUACUAAAUGUCUAUGAUUUAGACUG